UGGCGACUUCCUGCACCGUGAAGUGAAGUGUCAGUGUUCGUUUAAAGUUUCAAUAAUAAGUAAACAGCCCAUUCGUUGCAGAUUGUUAAGGGUAAUUUCUUCAACUGAGCUGUUGUUUCUGAACAACACAACCAUGGAAGACACGGUGCAAAAGAUACAAGAUAUCGACGAGAAGUUGUUAAAGGGAGCAGAGGAUCUUACCUUCAUCCAGGAAAGCCUUGGUAAAAGCAGUCAGAUGACAUCAAAUAUGGUGACCAUUCUUACAUCGUUUGAAGACAGAUUGGCCCAGUUGGAGCAAAACAUACUCCCUGUACACAAAGAGACAGUGUCCUUGCAGAAACUUCAAGAAAAUCUUUCAAACACAUUGAUUAACUUUGAUGAUGUCUUGAGUCACCAUGAUGCAGUCCGGGAUCUUGAGCAACCAGUCAAGGCAGGUGCUGGCAACGGUCUGGAGCUCUACCUCAGUCACAUGCAGCAGAUUGAACAAGCCAAGUACUUCUUUGAGGAACACAACCCGAGCAGUCCGGAGCUUGCCAAAGCAACAUCAUUGUUUAAUACUGGCAAAGAUUCCCUUCAGAAUGAGUUUAGAGUGCUACUGAGUCGACACGGCCAACCUGUACCACCAGUCCUGCUACUUGAUGCCAUAUCAGCUUAUGAUGAAGAUUUUGAUUCGGAUAAUCUCUCGCUCUGCCAAAUGCCAGAGUCAGCAAUGGAAGACCUGACCGAGAUAUCCAAAUGGCUAAAGGACCGCAGUAAGACCCUAGACUUUAUCGAUAUCUACCAUGGGACGCGAUCCAGCAUCCUUAAGAAGUCCUUGGAAUGGCUGAAAGACCACCUUGGUAAAAGAUCCGCAGCCCCCUCUGUUGGAGCUUACUCCCCCAUGGUGACUGCUGGCAAAGUUCACAGAAGCAAAGACACACCUAAAGGACGCACAACUACUGCUCUCAGACCUGUUGUAGCUCGCAAAGGCUCAUCCGCAAGUCAGUCAAGCAGAGGAGAAGCUUCUCAAAAGAAGAUAAACAGUCUGACUCCAGACACCCAUGUGGAAAUGGAGUCCGAUAUUGAGCACUAUCUGUAUAGCAUUAGUGGUCUACUAAAACUCAUGCAGAGUGAAGUACAACUGAUGAUUGGGAUAAUCCCUGGUGAGCAUCAGCGUAAAGCGUUUGAUAAGAUCAUCGACAGAUCAAUGGAAAUGAUCUUCCAAGAUGGAGAGGCGAUCUCUUCAGCAGCAAAGAGGGCAGUAUUGAAGCAUGACUACACCGCUGUCCUAACAGUGUUUCCUGUUGCCAAACAUCUUAGCCAAAUCAGACCGGAGUUUGAAGAAACGUUACAAGGUACAACACCAACUACAAGAGGUAAAUUACCAACACUCAUAUCUAGCCUGGAGACCACUGGAGCUAAAGCCCUGGAAGAGUUCUUUGAUGUUGUCAAGAAUGAUCCCGAUAAAUCCAACAUGCCAAGGGAUGGUACAGUGCAUGAACUCACCAGCAAUGCACUGACAUUCCUGGAGCAUCUGCUGGAUUAUGUUGAAACAACUGCUGCAAUGUUGACUGGACAAAGAGACCAUUCAUCAAGGAACCAGGAUAUCGAAGCCAAGAAGAAAAAAGUUUCAAUCUAUGUUGCCAAGGUGCUUGGAGCUCUGAGUCUGAACCUGGAUCAGAAAGCUAAGACCUAUUCUGACCAAUAUCUAGGAGCCAUCUUCCUCCUGAACAACUACCACUAUAUUCUCAAGUCAUUGGAAAGGUCUGAGUUAAUGAAACUCGUCAUCAUCAGCACUCCUGAUAUAGAGACCCACUAUGCAGACAUCAUCCGUGAACAGAAGAAAGAAUAUUCAAAAAGUUGGAACAAAGUCUUGUUUCAUAUCUUAGAAGUAAACAAGCCGAUGUCAACACAGCGUGUCACCCAAGACGCUAGCAAACUCAAAGACCGGGAACGCCAGCAAAUCAAAGAUAAAUUCAAGGAGGCAACAGGCAAGGUGAAGGACAAAAAGGAGCGACAACAAAUCAAGGACAGAUUCAAGGGUUUUAACACAGACUUUGAAGAGCUGUACAAGACUCAGAAGAGUUAUGCAAUUCCCCACGCUGAGUUACGACAGGCCCUACGCCGUGAGAACAAGGAUCAUAUCGUGCAACCCUACCAAGUCUUCAGGGACAAGUACAUGCUAAUUAACUUCACCAAGAACCCAUCCAAAUACAUGAAGCUUACUCCAGAUCAAGUUGCUUCCACUAUGGACAAGUUCUUUGACAUCACUGCUUAGAGAAGAAAGGGGAUAGCCUCCAAGCGCUAGUUGAAGACCAAGAGGACAUCGGGCGAGGGUGGUUUGUACGAGCCUCGCACGUCCUUGUAAACUGAUGCGAGCAAAAGGAAGGCAAGUCUUUUUUUAUCAUCCAGUGAAACCCCCCCUUCAAUUGGCUUAUUUAUCCGCAUCCGAAUGCAGUUGCCAUGGUAACUGAUGUGCUCAUCUCUCCAUAGAGCUACUAAGAUCUUCAAUUGCCAUCUUAAUCGCUUAAGUUCAGAAUGGGACAGUUUGUCUAAUGAAGGACUCUUUUUGUGUAUCUCUGCACUUGACACGUCAAAAAUGUAUCUUGAGGAGGACCAGCUUUCUUAAAGGAACAUUACAGAAUUGUAGUGCUGGUAGUGUAAGCACUUGAUGUAAUCCACCAUAUAUACAAGA